UAUUCUCAACCCAAAGACUUCUGAUCUGCUGAAUUAUUUGUGAUAACUUUAUUGGGACAAGAAAACAACAACAACAAAAGUCAAGAAAAUGGUUUCUGCCGGGAUACAGAUGCUGGGCACAGCCCUGGCGAUCAUAGGCUGGAUUGGGACAAUCGUUGUGUGCGCCAUUCCCAUGUGGAGAGUGACAGCUUUCAUCGGCCAGAACAUUGUGACGGCGCAAACCACCUGGGAGGGCAUCUGGAUGAGCUGCGUGGUGCAGAGCACUGGGCAGAUGCAGUGCAAGGUGUACGACUCCAUGCUGGCGCUCAGUGCUGACCUGCAGGCCGCCCGCGCCCUCACUGUUAUCGCCAUAGUUGUGGGCAUCUUUGGAAUCCUGUUGUCCAUAGCCGGAGGCAAGUGCACCAACUGUGUUGAAGAUGAGGCCACCAAAUCCAAAGUGGGCAUUGCUUCAGGAGUAGUCUUCAUUCUCGCCGGAGUCCUCUGCCUCGUCCCCGUCUGCUGGACAGCCCACAGCAUUAUCCGAGAGUUCUACAACCCCCUGGUGGUGUCUGCACAGAAGAGGGAGAUUGAAAUGGCAUCUCAGGGGCUCCAGAUUAUGGGCAUUAUCUUGGCAUUAGUCGGAUGGCUGGGGGCAAUAAUUGUGUGCGCGUUGCCGAUGUGGAAGGUUACGGCUUUCAUUGGGGCCAACAUCGUAACAUCACAGACCAUCUGGGAGGGCCUGUGGAUGAACUGCGUAGUCCAGAGCACGGGGCAGAUGCAAUGCAAGGUCUACGACUCCCUGCUGGCCCUGCCCCAGGACCUGCAGGCCGCCCGGGCGAUGAUCAUCAUCUCCAUCAUAGUGGGCAUCUUCGGCAUCAUGAUGGGCAUUGCCGGGGGCAAGUGCACCAACUGCAUGGACAACGAGGCAUCCAAAGCCAAGGCCUGCAUAGCUGCGGGUGUUGUCUUCAUCAUCUCUGGGCUCCUCUGCAUGGUCCCUGUCUCUUGGUCAGCCAACACCAUCAUCAGGGACUUCUACAAUCCCCUGCUGACUGAGGCCCAGAGGCGGGAGCUGGGAGCCGCCCUGUACAUCGGGUGGGGGUCUGCCGGGCUGCUGUUAAUGGGGGGAGGCCUGCUUUGCUGGAACUGCCCGCCCAAGGAGAACCGCCCCUACAGAGCGCAAUUUGCUCCAGUGAGAUCAUCAUCCACACCUAUGGACUAUGUUUAAUUUGACAAUACGGAAUAAAUUUUUUCAGACUCCUUUUCCAGGUACCUCGGAGAAAUUCAGGACUUUUAAAUAACAAAUCAAAUUUAAAUUUAAAGUGAAAAAUGCAAAUCUUUCUUAGUGAGACUCAUCAGAACACUGAAAGCAAUUGAGGCCUGUGUAAUGAUAUUCAUAUAUUAUUCUUUAAAUAUAAUUCAUAUUUUUCAAUUACUCACAGUUAGCCAAUACAGGCUUUCUGUUACAUUCUCAAAUGGAUCUAUAACCUUCUGUUUAUUUUCCAUGUGUCAUUUGAAUUUAAACAAUGGGAAAACCUUUUAAUCUGUUGUCAGCGAAUAUUUGUGUAAAAAAAUGGUAUGUAUUAAAAUACUGAAAUGGUAA